UUAAUAUUUAGUCUAAAAAAAGUCGUCAACGGGCUAACAUCGAAGUUUGGUCAGAAAACAGAAAAGAGAACAAAGUAAAAUGGGUUGUGCAACGGCAACGAUCAAAUAUCUAGUAUUCCUGUUCAACGCUUUAUGCGCGUUGCUCGGCAUUGGUGUGAUUGUGGUCAAUUCGAUUGCACUCAAAGAUGUCGCCAAUGAGACACGUCCCGUACUCAUAUUCUUCAUUGUGAUCGGUUCGAUUGUAUUUCUGAUUUCCUUCUUCGGUUGCUGUGGUGCCAUCAAAGAGAGCUCUUGUCUAACAUGGAUGUAUGCCAUUAUUAUGCUGAUCAUACUGAUCCUCUCCUGCGUGCUGUGCUUCGUUUAUGUCCACCACAUUGACGAUGAGCAGUUGGCAAGGAGUCAAUUGAACAACGCCUGGGCUCAGCAAAAGAAUGGCACCGAUGCCAUGACCUUCUAUCAGAAGACUUUCAAGUGCUGUGGUAUUACUGGCCCCAAUGACUAUACCAAGGCCAAUCUGACGACACCCGAAAGUUGUUAUGCUGCCAACACUAAUGGAACCGCAACAACAAGUCACUCGGUUUACCCCGACGGCUGUUUAACUAAAUUGAUCGCUUUCUAUGACGACGCCUUGAAGUUCGUUAGGGUCUUUGGCUGGAUUUUGAUAGCCGUUGAGGGUGCCGCCUUCGUCUUUGCCACCGUUUUGGGUAUCACAUUCAACAACGAGCAACGUCGUUCCAGAUAUUAAGUACUUUUUACUUUUAUGUAAUACAAAUCGACAAUAUGUAUAUAUGCGGAAGCAUUCACCAAAAUGUUAUUAGUGUAAAUCAAGUAUUAGCUAAUAAAAAAUUUGUAAUUAAAA